AUGCCCCCAAGAGUCUCUCUCGCGCAGUUAGGACGCUCGGUCCAAAAGACACCUCUUCCGAUCCCUCGAAAUGCAGCUAGCUUGACGCGAUGCUUCUCAAACCGAGGAGGCUCGCCUGCGCAGCCCCCGCGGAGCUGGACACCGACGCCGUUCGUAACGGAGACAGUGGGAGGUGGCUGGCACACUUACGAUAUCUUUUCCCGAUUGAUGAAGGAGCGCAUUAUCUGUCUCAACGGCGAAGUUGACGACACCCUCUCCGCAUCGAUCGUCGCGCAGCUCCUCUUCCUCGAAGCCGAUAACCCGGCAAAGCCUAUUCAUCUCUACAUCAACUCCCCAGGAGGCUCAGUGACAGCAGGCCUCGCAAUCUACGACACAAUGACCUACAUCUCCGCGCCGGUAAGCACCAUCUGCGUGGGCCAAGCUGCCUCAAUGGGCUCUCUCCUUCUCGCCGGUGGCCACCCCGGCAAGCGAUACUGUCUCCCGCACUCCUCGAUCAUGGUGCACCAGCCCUCGGGCGGCUACUUCGGGCAGGCAAGUGACAUCGCCAUCCAUGCGAAGGAGAUUCUGCGCGUGCGCACCCAGCUUAAUCAGAUCUACCAACGGCAUCUCACGGGCAAGAAGCAGUUAUCUCUUGAUGAGAUUGAGAAGAUCAUGGAAAGAGAUUAUUUCAUGGGUGCUAGCGAGGCGUUGGAGCUCGGUGUUAUUGAUGAAAUUUUGGACCGCAGGGUUCAGAAGGAUUCUGGAGAGCAGUCUAAGCCCCCUACUGCUUAA